CAGAAAUCAAAACAAAAAUAAAGUGGGAAGCAGCAGUUAAGUGGUACUGAAUUAAUAAGAAUAGUAUCUUCAUGCAAAAUCUAAUUCUCUUAGCUAGAUUUCAUCUUCCCUUCUCACUUCUCCUUCUUUUCUUUCUGAUUAGUACAUUCUUACAAACCCAGCUAUAGAGGUUGAUAUCAAUGGAGGGUGGUGCGAGCGAUGAAGUAGCAGAGAGCAGCAAGAAGAUUGGGAGAGGGAAGAUAGAGAUAAAGAGGAUAGAGAACACUACGAAUCGCCAAGUCACUUUCUGCAAGCGACGCAAUGGUUUGCUCAAGAAAGCUUAUGAGCUCUCUGUCUUGUGUGACGCCGAGGUGGCUCUUGUCAUCUUCUCCACUCGAGGGCGUCUCUACGAGUACGCCAACAACAGUGUAAGAGGAACGAUCGAAAGGUACAAGAAAGCUUGCUCAGACGCUGUUAAUCCUCCUUCCGUCACCGAAGCUAACACUCAGGUAAGCUUCCAUUCCAUAAUUAGUUACUUUACCACUACGUUUCUUCUUGUUUCAUUUUCUGACUUCACUGGGGUCGAACACUUGAUGAAGUACUAUCAGCAAGAAUCAGCUAAGCUACGGAGACAGAUCCGGGACAUUCAGAAUCUGAACAGACACAUUCUUGGUGAUUCUCUAGGUUCCUUGAACCUCAAGGAACUCAAGAACCUCGAAGGUAGGCUAGAGAAAGGCAUCAGCCGUGUCCGCUCCAAGAAGCAUGAGAUGCUAGUUGCAGAGAUAGAGUACAUGCAAAAAAGGGAAAUCGAGCUUCAAAAUGAUAACAUGUAUCUCCGAUCCAAGAUUAGUGAAAGAGCAGGACUGCAGCAGCAGGAAGCCAGUGUGAUAAAUCAAGGGACAGUUUACGAGUCAUCUUCUCAUCAGUCAGAGCAGUACAACCGUAAUUAUAUUCCGGUUAACCUUCUUGAACCAAAUCAAAACUCCUCCGACCAAAACCAACCACCUCUCCAACUUGUUUAAUUAAGUAACGUUUAAUCAACAUAAUAAGCUUAUUUAUGCAUAUGUGUUGUGUUACACAUUACGGUUUAAGAACUUAAAAAUAAAGACCGGUAGCGGUUUGAGAGGGACCUAAUUUACAUAUGUACCUUGAUUAUUUAUAUGCAAUGUAUUGUGAACG